GCAUAUCCUUAUUUCCCUGACACAAAGUGAAGUAAAAGAAAAACGAUAUAGUUAACAGGACAGAAAUUGUUCCCAUCAUUAUUGUUUAUAAUCUAUUUGAUAAUAUGACUUCUUUUGGUCCACAUUAUAUUUGUGAUUACAUUAAACAUUCAACUAUACUAAAAUCAUUUUCCAAAUCAACCCUCCUAUCAAUUAUUGAAUUCAUGAAUAAUCAAUCAAAUAAUAUGGAGAAAUUGUUGUCAACUGAUCAUUUAUUACAAAGAUAUACGAACGAUACUACUUAUAUAUCAUCAUCAUCAUCAUAUAUCAAAGAAAAUCAAUUGAAUACAUUAUUAAACCCUAUAGAAUAUAAUUCAAUAUAUCAUAAUUAUCCCCCCUUUGAUAAUAAUAUCCCAUUCUCAAUUAUUAUUCUAUGUUCUAUUAUUGAUUAUUUAUGGAAUUAUAUACCCCCUUUAAUAUUUUUAAUUGGUACUAUUGGUAAUUUAUUUACAUUUUUAAUUUUUUAUAAACUACGUACUACAUUAUAUCCAUCAUCUAAUAUUUAUUUAUUAUUUUUAUCUAUUAUAGAUGAAUGUGUAUUAUUUACUGGUUUAUUACGUAGAUGGUUAGAUAAAUUAUUAAAUAUACGUUUAGAAGAUAAACAUUGGUUACUAUGUAAAGCAAUACAAUUUAUUGGUGUAACAACAAGUUAUAUCUCUGUAUGGAUUAUUGUAUUAAUUACAAUUGAACGUACUAUAGUCAUUAUAUCACCAAUAAGUUCUAUUUAUAUGAAUCAUAUUAAACGUUCAUAUAUAUUUAUUAUUAGUUUAUGUUGUAUAGCAACAAUAAUAAGUUUACAUUUUUUUUUUACUGUUAACUUAGUAACUAUGAUUCCUAAUUAUCUUAUUAAUUAUGAUCAUAAUAAUAAUACCAAUUCUACAUUGAUAAUCAAUGAAAACUAUUCAAAAAUCAAUAUCAAUUAUACUACUUUUUUACAAGUAACCCCUAAUUAUCUUAAUUACUAUGAACAAGACAAUAUUAAUUCUACAUUAUCAAUCAAUGAACUUUAUUCAAUAAAGGAUACUACUUUACAGGUAACCUAUGAUCAUUUUCAUGAUUCCAAUCAUUUAAUAUGUGAUUUUUAUUUAAUAUAUAAACAAAAUGGUUUUCAAUCUAUAUGGAUAUGGAUUGAUGCUACAUUAUAUAGUUAUUUACCAUUUAUUAUUAUAUUAAUAUUUAAUAUUCUUAUAUUAAUAAAUUUAUAUUGGGCUACAAAAAAACGUUUUCAUUUAAUUAAUAAAAUUUCAUCCAAAAAAUUUUUAUAUCAAUAUACUACUGAUAAUGAUCAUUUCAAUAAUCUGCAUCAUCAUCAUCAUCAUUAUCAGGAUCAUAAAAAAAUGGAUCAUUUAUCAAUGAAAUUAAAUCAAUCAUCUUUAUGUUCUACUACAUCAAUAUAUCCUAGGAAACAUGAUACAUUACAAUUACAAAUGAUUACACCACAAACUCCAAGUACCCCUUCUAUGAAUAGUUGUCAUAUUGAUGAGAUAACUAAUACUAAUAUGAAUAUAUUUCAUACAAAUAAUAGUAAUAAUAACAUUGAUAUUAACUUAUGUAAAUGUAAACAUCCAAUUGUUGCUAUGCAAUUAAAACCAUCUAAUUAUCAUCAUAAUCUAAAAGGUAUCAUUAAUAAAACAUCUAGAUCUAAUCCUACUAUUUAUUCUAAUGAAAUGCGUCAAUUAACUAUAUUAUUAAUGUUAAUUUCAUGUAUAUUCUUAAUUACAACUGCACCAAUUGUAUUAAUUAAAUUAUUAUUAGCAUGGAAACUAAAAAUAUUUUUUUUUAAAAAAAAUAAAAUAAUUUUAUUAGAAUUUAUUGAUUGUAUUGCAGAAUUAUUAAUGUAUAUUAAUCAUGCUAUAAAUUUUUAUUUAUAUUGUGCUGUUGGAACAAAAUUUCGUAAAGAAUUUAAAAAAUUAUUUGGUUGUCAAUUAAAAAAAAGAAAAAAUUUAAGAAAUUGGUGACAAUUUUUCUUUUUUUUUUCGAAUUUUCCUUUUUUUUUUCUGUUUAUUUUUGGUUGCUAAGUAUGGUAUGACGUGACGAUGCUGCUAGAUAGAAAACAGCGACUCAUCAAACCCGUACGAGCAGUCCAGAGUAUUUAUGGGUACUGCUAUCUGUCUAACCCAACCAGUUAAGUCCAGAACAUCAAUAACAGUCUUUGUAAUAUGAAUGAACAAUGUAUAUCAAUCAUGCCAUUAGUUUUUAUUUAUAUUGUGCUGUUGGUACAAAAUUUCGUAAAGAAUUUGAAAAAGUGUGAAUUAAAAAAAUGAAAAUAUUGAACAUUUUUGUUUUUUCUUCUUUUUUCUUCUUCACCUUUUCCUUCUUCUUUUUUUUUCUUUAAUUGUUCAUCAUUUUUAAGAGAGAAAAUAAAAUAAAAAUGUAAAUAACAG